AUGGCUCUGCAGGAUGUGGAAGGCCUCACCCCUCGCAUGCGUGCAAUCAAGCAUAACCAGCGGGAAGCAGCACUGCUGCUGUUGAAGCUGGAGCAACAGCAGGCGGCAAAGUGGCAGCGAGGUGCCCCCAGCAGCAGGCAGCAACGCCAGGAGCAGGCUGAAGCCCCAUCCUCCACAGCUGCUGCCCAGCUGCUGGCAGAGGAGGAGCGCGAGGAGAAAAAGCAGGCGGCCAGGCAGGCCGCCAAGGCCGCCAAGCGGCAGCAGCAGAAAGAACGGCAGCGCCAGCGGGCUGCUGUGUCGGCAGGAGAGGCGGGUGAAACUACCCCGGGCCAGGCGGAGGUGCCAGAGCCGGCUUCUCAGCAGGCAGAAGACGAGUGGGUGGCAGCUGCUGGCGCGUCCACGCUGGCUCUGGCGGCGCCAGAGACGGCGCAGCUUGCGGCUCCAGCCAUGCUCGUCACUGCCACUGCCGCCAGUGGCAGCCAGCACAGCAGUGGCAACAAAAAGAAGAAGAAGAAGAGGAACAAGGGAGGAGCGCAGACGGUGGCAGCCCAACUAAGCGCUCAGGCAGCAGCUGGAAGCACUAAUGCCACCAUUACCGGGGGAGCUGAAGGGGCACCAGCAGAAGCAGCAGCGUCAGCGGCUGGAGGCAGCAGCGGUGCCGACGACGGUGCCGAGCUGGCGCAGCUGCUGCAGCAGCUGGGAGAGCCGAUGCGUGACCCCGUGGUGGCGGCGGAUGGGCACACCUACGAGAGAGCCGCCAUCGAGGCCUGGAUGGCACGCCAGGCAGCGGCGGGCCAGCCGCCCUGCUCCCCGCUGACCAACCUGCCGCUGGCGAACCUGGUGCUGCUCCCGAACUUCACUGUGCGCAGCCUGGUGCUGGGGCUGCAGGCGGUGGGGCUGCUGGAGUGA